ACGGGUCUGUAUAGCGUCUCAUCCGGGGAUUUACAUGUUAAGUAAUCGACGCCGUGCUGAAAAGCUCGCGAGACUUCCUGAUUAACCAUCCAAUAUCGGGUCUCGGUGCAUGAAAAGUAAGGUAGAAAAAACGGUUUCCAGGAGGUUUACAUUAAGAAGAAAGAAGACGUCGAGGACGGGGCAACCGAUUUCCCUUGAUGCUGACAAACAAAGCCAACGUGUAAGGUUACAUCAAAGACCGAUAAUCCUCGAGAGAAUAUCCGGCGGCGAAGCACAAAAGAGCAACUCGGAGCGCUUUAAUCUGAUGACCAGAUUGGACAUCUUCAAGAUUUUGAUGACAGAAGACACCUUUACCAUCAGGUCUCCUGGGAUAUGUAGCUUGGAUCAUUCUGACUAGAGCUUGUAUGUCCAAUACCAGGAUUGGAUGCAACAAGCAUCGAUUUCCAGUCCUGGUAGAGAAUGGCUCAUAGGUGGAAUCCAUUCUUUCAUAGCCUUCCACCACUGUCAUCGGAUCCUGGGACUCUAAGGAGAACAUCGGACUCAGAUGGAACUCUGUCCCAACGUGCAGAGAACUUUAUUGGACAUCAUGGUUUCUCAGGUACAGCAGCUUCACAAGAAGCUCCUGUAUCACACACAAACUUCAACACUAACUACUACACAAAUCCUCGUACCGAAGAUUCAAGAUCAGACUGUGUUUAUGAAAGAUACUGCCAAACACAAUGGCAACCUGAUGGAGAACAGCUAGAGAAGGACUACAUGCAAAGAUGUGGAAAUAAUUUCUCYAGUUUUGCCACAGAUGAGUUGCCAACAUCAGACUCUUUUCAAUCAUCUUUUACACCGGAUUUACAAGGACUUAAGCAAAAUUGUGAAAUGUCAUCCACAUCCUGUCUCGCGGACUACUCCUCUAUAAGCAGCUGCUCAGAUAUAGACGAUGGUGAAGAAAGACCUUCUUGUAAAUUUAUUGGAAGUGACACAUUUCCAAAGCAAAAUGCUGAGAUUGAUUCAAAAGAUAGCUCAGCAGAUUAUUUCUUUAAUGACAAUGAAAAUUGUAAUUUUCAGUCUGGUAAUCUGUGUCCUAAUGUGUCAGAAACAAAUGCAUUUUCACUGAAAACAUAUGCAGGACAURGUCAGUCUUCUACCUCUUGUAUGAUGACCACUACAGGGAGUGAGACUGUACUUAAUGGGAAUGAUGRUGGUAGUUUUCAAGAUCAGGAACCAAAAGAGGACGUGGAAAGAAAUCUUAAAGACAGUUCAUAUCCUGACUUUUUAAUGACUGGGAACUUGACUGAAAUUGGAAUUAAUCAGUAUCCUAUGGACAAGGAAGAGGACUGUCAGAUCAAAUCACCUGGUUCAGCUUUGUUUGACAAUAAGCAAAUUCACACUGAUGGAAAACUCUUCAAACAACUGGAGAAUGAAAGUGAGGGAUUUGGAAAUCCAGACUUCACUGCCGAUCAACAUACAAUUGUGAGUGAAAAUGUGCAAAGCCAAAUUCAUGUUGGAGAAAGUUCAAAAGGACAAUUGAGUUUAUCGAACAGUGAAAUUUCAGACGAGCUUAAAACCAUUAAUUCAAAUUCUACUACAUGUGAAAACGAACCAAACAAAAUCGAUCAUCAGAGAAAAGAAAUUCAGACGCAAGUGUCUCAGUCGGCAGAUCCUGACCGUGAACUAAAUGAAUGUGCUUUGAGUAGCAGCGAUCAUGACGUUGAAUCCAGCCUGCAGUUAUCUGAAAAGCAGUCCUGUCAAAGUCCAGCUCAGGACGUUAUUUGUGAAGUCCCCACUGAGAUGGAUGAUGCUCAACUGACUGAUAYUGCUGUUGCAAACUUUUCAGAAACCUGCUUGCACCCAAAUAAUGUCAACUCAGACAUUAACAUUGAAAAAGAAAUGCAAAAAAUUCAAGAGUUUCCAAGUACAGAAGGUACAACUAAAGGUUUUUCUCCAGAUCUGGAUUGUUGUGGCCCAAGAGACACUGGUUCUUUCAUUGGUACCAAUACCAAGGAAAAGAAAAAUGUGGCCAGUUGUGACUUGUCUGAUGUAGAGACAAACAGUUCAAGAACAGAUGAAAAUUUUCAAGGAGAUGGAUUAAGUUUAAAAAAGACAAAUCUUUCCCCAGAUCUGGACUGUGUUAGUCCCAUUGUCACAAAAGACAGAAUUUGUGAGAAUACCAUUAAUGAAAAUGGUCAAGAUGCUGCUAGUCGUGCAGACUCUGCUUCAGAUGAAUGCUGCUCAAGCACAGAUGUGCAUUCUGGUAUAGAAAUGGAAAUAAUUCCCACAGAAAAGAUGACCCCAAAUCAUCCUUCCCUUGAUAACACCAGCGGAACUCUAACAAAUGAUAUUGGUGAUGUGAAGAAUAAAAGUGGUAAAAGCAAUYCUGAAUCCUGCACAAAGCUAAAUGCUUCUGGUACAAACUUAAAUGCCUGUCUGGAAAUGGAAAGUCCACCAGAUGAGGAAACUCUGGAACUGAAUUUAUCUUCAAAUCAUGAUCCCAGUGUCACCAGUGACAGUCAAUAUGCAAGCACUAAAGACCUCGUUAGUAAUGCAGAAUCGAUCUUACUUCCAAACAGCUCAAACACAGAUUUGAAUCCCUGCCUUUCAAAGGAAUGGGAAAGUCCCUCUGGAAGAACAAGUACUACCACCCACUCAGAUCUGGAAUGUAAUACCCAAACUCUGACAAGUAGCGACAACAAGCAAAAUGUUUCAGAAACAGAAGAAUCCUGCUUACAGCCAAAUGACCCGAAUACAACCUUAAAACAAUGUACAGAAAUAGAAUGGACACAGUCAGGAGACAAUAUAAAUUCUACCUCCCUUCCCAAUCAACAGCAUUCACUACCUGAAAGUUAUGCACCACAUGAGUCAAUAGGUCCUAGUGUAGAAAUUGCUGAUAAUGCAAGAGAGUCAUUGGAAAAGUUGAACUUCCCAACCCAGGAACAGUCAGCGCCUGGCUUGUUGUAUGGUGAGCCACUGUCAGGAGAAGACUCUUCAUGUAGUACUGACAAAACUGAUCUUGCCUCAAGUCAGCAUGAAGAAACUGUUAUGAAAAGCCACAAUGACAACAUYGUAGACAGGCUGGAGAAAGCAGCACCUCAAAUGAUAUCAUCUCUGCAAAUGAGAAAAUUGCUGCACCCUGUUGUGAUAUUAACAAACUCAGAGUCAUCAAAUGGAAAAAGCCACUACUGUGCUUAUUGUCAACACACAUCCCAUACUGUUGAUGAGCUGAUUGAGCAUCACUGUUGUAGCCAUCCAAUGCCCAGUUUUCAACAUUGCAAAAAUUGUGAUAUUUAUCUGACAAACAAACAAAACGAGCAUGUUUGUGGUGUGGUCCAAAAAAGCCUCUUGCUCUUUUCUGAAGUCAUUCYAGAUAAGAAAAAUAGAGAUUACAACCGCUACAAGUGCAAUAAGUGCAACCUCCUGUUUUCAAAAGUGUAUGUUUAUGUCAAGCAUAUGCGAGGUCACACUGGCAAAACACCAUAUAGGUGCAAUGAUUGUGGCGUGUAUUUUGCACAGACUUGUUCCCUGCGGAUGCACAAACGGAUGCCUGGCAGAUGCAAGGGUUCCAAACUACCAAAAAAAAUACCUGAUGCUGUAUUUGGCAAAGCUGAAACAUCACCUCAGCAAGAUGUGGCACAGAAGAAUUCAUAUGAAAGAAUGAAAAACUGCUACGUCAGACUCAUUGACAUCUCCAACACGAAUAUGUGUCAUUUGUGCGGUGCAAUGUUUCCUUCUGUAAAGAAAGCCAAAAAGCACUACUUCAAUGUACACAAGAGAAAGAAGCAAGUUGCUUCAUCAAAGCAGUUGACCAAAAAAGUCCCYAAAAAGACUCCUCAAAAAGUGGCAAGUGGGAUAGAUGAAAACUACAAAUGUCCCCUUUGCCCAAGGCUUUUCAAGUACUCUUACAACAGGGCUCGGCAUUUGCGGGACUGUAUCAGAAAUGAAAUAAGUUGUGGGAAGAAGAAAAUUGGUGACAAAUAUGUCUGUCCAUUGUGUACAACUACCUUCACAUCAACAUGUACCAGAUAUAGACACAUUAAAAUGAUUUGCCUGCGGGAAUGUCUUAACCGGCUCGCAAAUGAAAAGAGGCUGAGGCUAGGAAGAAAGGGCACACCACAAUCAAAGGACAACAUGCAGAAAAUACAAUUGAAAGAAAGUGAGCCUGAAAGUCAAGCACUACCAGUUUUAACAGGCUCCGAGAGUGUUACAAUGUACAAAUGCAAUCUCUGCCCGGCGGUUUUUCGUAAUCCCUCUGGAAAGUAUAGACAUAUGAAAAAGCAUGAAUUAUUUAACCUCACUGGGAAAGUAAUCAAGUAUAAACAUUCUGUUUCCUCACUGUCUAAACCAGUCUCUCCAAAUGAUGCAAAGACUGAAGAAAGCAGCAGUCAGUCAGAAACGGUUGAAGAAAAUGUAAAUCAUGUUCUAAGCUGUCGCUUUUGUGAAAAAAGUUUCAACCUUUUGUUGGCACUAAAGAAACAUGAGAGAAAUCACAGAGGUGAAAGACCAUAUUGCUGUCAGGAAUGUAAAAAGCGAUUUAAGCAACGUGCUCAUUUGAUUUCUCACAAAAUGAUUCACCAGAAAAGGUACAAGUGCACAGCCUGCAAGAAAAAUUUCCUAACUGUUGGAGAACUGCUACAGCACAGGAAAGCACUCCAUAAAAGCGGAAAGCUUCAGUGUCCAGAUUGUUCGUCAGAGUUUGAUUAUCCUGCUCAUAUGCUACGACAUCUAAAGACCCACAAAAAUAAAGACCUAAAAGCUCAUCAGCCAGAAAAGGAAAUGCCACCAAAGCAACAGCAGCCCUUGAAAACUGUUGAAAAGGCGAAUGCACCAAAGCCGCAACAAUGUUCRUUGUGCAAAGAAGUGUUUGAUGAUUCCAACAUACUAAGAAAACACUGUCUGACACACAUUUCAAAGUCUUCUUCAAACCAGUGUCCAUUUUGCAAGAAACAUUAUCCUGAUCGCCGCAAUUUGCUGCGCCAUAUGGUCAGACACACUGGAGACAAACCAUUUUCCUGCACUAAAUGUGGAAAACGAUUUUAUAGAGCCAUAUAUCUUGAAAUGCACUCUCGGAAUUGUUUGUCUCAACGUGGUCAAAAUGACAAAACAAAUCUACGUAAAUAUUUUACGUGUUCUAAAUGUCCCAGGAGUUUUACUAGAAAAGACAGAUUUCGAAGGCAUCUUGAUGGCCACAAGGCAAACCGUCUGUUUCCGUGUGAAAUAUGUGGUGAGUUCUAUGGAAAUACUAAAAUGAGUCUUCACCAAUCAAUGUGUGGGGAGACCACAAAGCUUUCUACUGAUGACAAAUUGACUGGUGGGAAAUCUGAACAAAGUUCAACAAAGAUGAGCCAAAACAUUCAAAACACAGUUUCAGAAACGAAACAGAACAUCCAAAAAACACCUUCAGAAAUUAACAAGAACAUUCAUAAAACGCCUCCACGUUCUACUGCAUCCAAAUUACUCUCCUAUAAAUGUCCAUACUGUACACAGAGGUUCAAGUACGCAUCAUAUUUCUUGAGACAUCUUGUUUCACAUACUGGCGUGCAACCUUAUGCAUGCACGCGCUGUGGCAAAAGAUUCAAAAGUCAGACAAUGCGUUUAAACCAUGAAGAGUCUUGUAAUGAUAAGGUUGAGGAUCAAUCAAAACCCAAAAGUGAUGGUGAAACAAAAAUGGACACUCUUAGAGAAAAAAUCCUGAUGUCCCCAACAGAGAACGAACCAGAGUACAAGUGUAAGUUCUGCACAAAAAUCUUUAUGAAACCACAAAGCCUGAGACAUCACAUUUUGAAACACAAUGAGGUGAAGCCUUAUCGCUGUAAAGCCUGUGACAGCUGUUUUUCAAGGUACGAUCAUCUGAAAGUACACCAAUCCCACUGCACUGGCAAAAAGACACGACUGGAGGUCAGAAUCCCCAAAAUAAGUCUAGAGGAUGUUGGCAGAGGCUGGCAAACAAAGUUUAACCUCACUCCUCUUGAUAAACAGGAGACAUACAAUUGUGAAGUCUGCUUGAAAAGCUUCUUAACACAGUCCAAACUUUCCAGACACAUUACAAUGUUCCAUUCUGUAAAACCAUUCAAGUGCACACACUGUGGCUCCGCUUUCUCUCAUGAAAAGUCUCUUAAAGCACACCGGAAGUGGAAAAGGUGCAGACAGCCAACCAGUUCAACAAAGACCACACUGGCGAAAGAUAGUAAUCAACCAGCAGAAACUAUUCCAAAACCACCUAAUGAGACCAGAAAUCGCAUCCUACUGAGGAUCCAGCCUUUUAUGAAUAAAAAAUUCAAGUAUGUAUGUAGUUACUGCCCUCGCUCUUUUAAACACAGUGGUCAAUUAAGUGUGCACGUUCGUUUACACACUGGGGAGAAGCCAUAUUCCUGUGAGUAUUGUGAAGAGAAAUUCAUAAGGAAGGAUUAUUUGGACCGUCAUUAUCUGAAGUGCAAGAAGAAAAGUAAGCAAAACAAACUUCUUUGUGACAAAUGUGGAGGCUUUAUCAACAAGAUUGAAGAACACAAACAUGGUUGUCCUGUAAGACAUAUCUGUAAAUACUGUGGAGAGAAGUUCCAAAAGGAUUCUUUGAUGAGCCAUUUGUUAAAGUGCAACAAAGGACCUCAGAGUGGCAAUGUUCUCUGUGACAGGUGUGGAGGAUUUUUUCCACAGGACAAGCUUGAAGAUCACAAAAAAGGUUGCACUUCAAAACCAGGCUCAUCAUCAGUUCAAAGUCCACCAAAAGGCUUUUCUUGUGCUUAUUGUAGUUCAAGAUUUUUGCUGUUUUCACAGCUCCAAGAGCACUUUUUAAGUACACACAAGGUUGAAACAAUGAAUCCACCGGAGUCGACUGCCCCCCUCCAACAGCUUUUGUCCGAUAUACCAAACAUCAAAGAAGAGUCUGUUGAUGAGGGUUUUGGAGAAAGRCUUGGUGACGAUGAUAAUGUAAUCUCUAAACCAGACACAGCUCCUAAGAGUGACGUAUUUUCAGAGUUUGUUUGCUCUCAGUGCAAUAUGUGCUUUACCAAUAAAGCUGGACUAACUGGUCAUCAGCGUGUGCAUUCCACAGAACCUCCACAUAACUGUAAGACCUGCAACAAGGGCUUCUGGAAUAAAACUCAACUUCGAAAUCACAAAAGGAAAUGUAGAUCAAAAACAACCCAACAGCUGGAAGGUCCUGUGAAAGCAAAAAUUGAUUUUGCGCUUCAUGACUCUGAGCUUGUGUUAAAAGACUCUGAAACAACAACCGACACUGAGGUUUUGCAAACAGACCUUCCUUGCAAUGAAGAGUCAGAAAACGAAUCCUCAAAAAGCUCCUCUGAUAAUCAGGUGCAGAGCAGCUCAAGUACGGAAAAGAAAACGGUGCAGUACCAAUGUUCAGAAUGUGAUCAAACCUUUACUGACGGCUUGCUACUUAUAAGCCACCUCGAAGACCAUGGAAGGGAAGAACAAGAGAAAAAGCAAAAUAUAUGUACAGUGUGUGGGAAGGUGUGCUCUAGUCAAGGAAAUCUAGAAAAACACAUGAGGAUUCAUGUAAUUAACCAAAGAUACUCUUGUGCCCACUGUUCCAAAGUGUUCCCCACCAUGUUGGAGCUUGAAAAACACAAAACAAGUCAUGAUCCCAACAAGCCCUGUAUUUGCAAACUGUGUCAACAACGUUUCUGGACAAGGCCAGAAAUGUGUGACCAUUACAGAACAGAACAUGCAGAUGACGUGUUCCACUGUCAGCUCUGCAGCAAAGUCUAUCCCAUCAAGAAAUCACUGACUUAUCAUUAUAAAAAAUGGCACGCGAAAGAUUGGAAAGAYCUUCAAAGUGCAAAGUUGGAAAAGGGCAACAGUGAACAGCAAUCUAGCAGUCAUGUAAGUACAAAUAGUACAAAUGAUGACAGUGAUGAGGAUGAAAAUGACGACAGUGACAGCGACUCUGACUCUGCACCAUAUUUCCCGUGCCACGUGUGCGGAAAGACUUUUCCAACAUCAGAGAGUCUUGAGGAUCACCAGCUGUGUCACCUGGGCGAAAAACCGCAUGAAUGUGCAGAGUGCGGCAAAUGUUUCUUCCAAUCAUCUCAACUGCAGCAGCACCAACGAAUGCACAAGUCUGAAUUUCAGUGUCAAACGUGUGGCAGAGGGUUUGUUUCUCUUUUUGCGCUGCGAACUCACAAGCAUACUCAUGGGAAGAGUCGCCAGUAUCGUUGUUCCAAGUGUCACCUCUUUUUUACCGGACCCACUCAGCUUGCAGAGCACAUGUCUACCCACCGUGAAGAGAGCUUCCCUUGUGAUAUAUGCAAUAAGGUAUUUCAGUCCAAGAGCAGUAGAGCCGAGCAUCGGAAGAGCCAUUCUGUGUCAGGUGAUGAGCCAUCGCCUCCAGAUUCAAAAGGAAGGCAUGAACAGUCUGACAGCCUUAUUGGAUACAAUUCAGAGUUCCGGUAUCGCUGUGGCAUUUGUAGAGAGCGCUUCAGAGAUCCAGAGGAGCUUUCAGAACAUGGCUGCAUGGAAGCCAAAGAGCGACCCUACACCUGCACAAGCUGCAAUCAACAUUUUCUCCAUGCAUCUCAUCUGAAAAAGCACAUGAACACCCAUCAACCACCAUGGACUGAAAGAGAGUAUCCAUGCAAUCAGUGCAACAGUAGCUUUUCCUCCUCGCAACACUUCCUCAAACACCUCAAGAAUCAUGUCAAUGCCCCAACAGGAAUUAAAAGUGCCAGUCUCAUAUGUCCAGUUUGUCACCUGUGUUUUGCCAGUGCCACUGAACUCAUUCAUCAUUUCCCAAUGCAUCCUGAUAAUGCACCUGAUGGAGAAAAUCUUCAACUUGAUCCCUCUGAAAGUGAGCUUGAAAAACAGGAGCUUCUUCAUCCAAGAUCAGCUUCCGAGUAUGAAUGCACAAAGUGCGGAGGGACCUUUCUGGGGUGCGAUGCUUUCCGUCAUCACAGUUGUUCCCAAAAUCUGCCGGCAAUGAUGGGGAACAAAUAUCCAACAGCUGUAAGUCCAACUCAUCAGGCAGCAGGGGAGGAAGAGGAGGUUGAUGUUACUGGAGAGGACUUGUACACUUGCAGUGAGUGCUCAAUGCAGUUCUCCUCCAAAAGUAGCCUAUUGGAGCAUCAGAACACGCACCACUCGAAUUGGAGGCAGUACCCUUGCGAUCAUUGUGGAAAAAUAUUUGCUAAGAGCUCGUAUCUUAAAAAGCACAAGAACAGACAUCUCUUGAAAGAGCUCCCCAACAAUGCAGCUGAACUGGUUGAGAAGAAGUUCGAAUGUGCUCAGUGUACUGAAGUAUUUAAAACAGCCCAAGAGUUGUCUGUGCACAUGCGGCUGCAUGCGGAAGAACAAGCGGGAGAAUACCGUUGCGACAUGUGCUACAAGUCAUUCAGCAAGCGAUGUCUUCUGAGGCAUCAUCAAGAGAGCCAUGUUGGGGAAGUUGUAUAUGAAUGCACAGAAUGUGACAAAGCCUUUGCUUUUCCUCACCUCCUGGAGGAACAUCAACAGGCCCAUGCAAGAUCCUCUAAAUAGUAGUAGUAGUACCAACAUAGUUACCUUGCAUACCCUUUGAUAAUUAUGGUGUUUUGAAAUGUCUUCAUGCUUUUCACCUGUGUAUGUUCACUUGUACUUAAAAAUUUGGUCCUUUUUUGCCCUUGUGAGUUAUUGAAAAAGCGUUUGGCUAAUGUGAUUUUGACCCGAGCAUUUCAAAAUAAAUUUUAGUUGUGUACAUUUUAGUUUUAUUGUGGAGAUUUGUGUACAACAAAUUAGUCAUAUAGUUUCGGGACAGUGUUUGUAAAUAGGUGUGUUAAAAAAUGUUUAAAAAAAUGGGAAACAAUGUUUCAUGUUAUUGACUCAGAUUUUUGAGUUUCAACAUAAUUUGAGAUACUUUUGUUCAGUUCUGUUGAUGAAAGUUAAAGUAGACAACCCUGGUAAUUUUAAGCCUUUGAAAUUUUCUAUGGUUGGACUAUUCCUGUAUUAUAUAUAUAUAUAUAAUUUUGUAACUUUCAAUUAAUUUAGAGUAGCAUCUUGUACAGACAUUGAAAAAUGCUCGAAUGGAACUGUUAUUUUCACCACCAGAGGAUUUUCCCCUUGUUAUUUCUUUCUUUCAUUUUUUUCUUUUUUAAAAAAAUAAGUUGAUGCAUUUAUGGAGUAAAUAUCAACUUUAAAUCCA